AGCAACCGCGAGGGAGAGAGGGAACAGCGAAGAGGGAGAGCGCGCGCUGUACUGUAUACUGCCGAGGAGGAGCUUUUCUCCGGAGUUCAGUUCACAGCCUCAGCACCGAAACUUGCGCUGUCCUUACCCUGUGCUGGUUCAACAACAGAGUCAUUGCAACAGAUGAACACACUAAGUUAUUUAUAUCUGGUCGUCUAUAGCUAAAAGCUGGUGCCAGGUUUGUGUUCUCCAAGACCCUGUAUGCACGUUUUCUUUUGAAGGAUAUGGUCACAACCCCGGUCUCAAAGUGGAGCCACGCGUAUCUCGGAUCGGCGCGCUCCUCCAGGGGCUAGGAUGCGCGCCCGGAACAUCCAGGUUCUUGCCCGGGUUCGGGUCUGACCAGGAGUCCACUGCCCCGGGUCGCCUAGGCAGGAGGACCCAGUCGACCCGGACCAGGAUGCCGGUGAUGAGGGGUCUGCUGGCCCCGCAGAACACCUUCCUGGACACUAUCGCCACCCGCUUCGAUGGCACCCACAGUAACUUUGUCCUGGGUAACGCCCAGGUACAGUCCCUCUACCCCAUCGUCUACUGUUCUGACGGCUUCUGUGAGCUGACCGGCUACGCCCGCGCCGAACUGAUGCAGAAGAGCUGCGCAUGUCAUUUCCUGUACGGGCCGGAGACCAGCGACCAGCUGACGGCGAAGAUCCAGGGGGCAUUGGACGACAGGGGGGAAUUUAAGAGUGAGCUGGUGUUCUACAAGAAGGGAGGUACCCAGUUCUGGUGUCUGCUGGACAUUGUGCCCAUUAAGAAUGAGAAGGGAGAGGUGGUGCUGUUUCUGGUGUCCCACAAGGACAUCACUGACAACAAGAAGGACCAGGACCCAGAGCAAGGCCCAGAGACUGAUGAAGAAACGGGUCUGGAAGUGCACAAGGUCACCCGUCCCCCGGGCUUCAACACCAACCGCAGACGCAGCCGGGCGGUGCUCUACCACCUGUCUGGACACCUGCAGAAACAGGACAAGAGCAAGAUCAAACUCAACAACAACAUGUUUGGGGACAAGCCACCCAUCCCAGAGUACAAGGUGGCAGCCAUUCAGAAGUCCCGAUUCAUCUUGCUCCACUACGGGACCUUCAAGGCAGGCUGGGAUUGGCUAAUCCUGCUGGCUACCUUCUAUGUGGCAGUCACGGUGCCCUAUAAUGUGUGUUUCACUGUGGUGGGGGGGCGGGACGAAGGGAGCUCUGCCCCCCGCAGUCCCCCCAGUGUGAGUGACAUCCUAGUGGAGAUCCUCUUCAUGCUAGAUAUUGCAUUGAACUUUCGGACGACCUUUGUGAGCACGUCGGGCCAGGUGGUGUACGAUGCCCGUUCCAUAUGUGUGCACUACGUCACCACCUGGCUGUUUGUUGACCUCAUCGCUGCCUUGCCCUUUGACCUGCUCUAUGCCUUUAACGUCAGCGUGUACUUUGGGGUCCACCUGCUGAAGACAGUGCGGUUGCUGCGCCUGCUGAGGCUGCUCCAGAAGCUGGAGCGUUACUCCCAGUACAGUGCUGUGGUCCUCACCCUGCUCAUGUCCAUGUUCGCCCUGCUGGCCCACUGGAUGGCCUGCGUCUGGUACUUCAUCGGACGCAGAGAGAUCGAAAACAGCCCCAACUACUGGGACAUCGGUUGGCUCCACGAGUUGGGGAAGCGUCUGGGCACCCCUUACUUCCUGUCUCCCCUUACUACUUUGGCUCCUGGUGGAGGGAUUCUGGGUGGGGGUCCAUCAGUGAGGAGCUCCUACGUGACGUCUCUGUACUUCGCUCUGAGCAGUCUGACCAGCGUGGGCUUCGGAAAUGUCUCAGCCAACACCGACUCUGAGAAGAUCUUCUCCAUCUGCACCAUGCUCAUAGGAGCCCUGAUGCAUGCAGUGGUGUUUGGUAACGUGACUGCCAUCAUUCAGAGGAUGUACUCUCGACGCUCCCUCUACCACACCCGUACCAAGGACCUGAAGGACUUCAUCAGGGUCCACCGCCUGCCCAAAGCCCUGGAGCAACGUAUGCUGGAGUGCUUCCAGACAACCUGGUCUGUUAACAAUGGCAUCGACGUCAGCGAGUUGUUGAAGGACUUCCCAGACGAGUUGAGGGCGGACAUCGCCAUGCACCUGAAUAAGGAGCUGCUGCAGCUGCCGCUGUUUGAGUCGGCCAGUAGGGGGUGUCUGCGCUCCCUGUCCCUCAUCAUCAAGACAUCGUUUUGCGCCCCGGGAGAGUUCCUCAUCCGCCAGGGAGACGCCCUGCAGGCCAUCUACUUUGUCUGCUCCGGGUCCAUGGAGGUGCUGAAGGACAACACUGUGUUGGCUAUACUAGGGAAAGGGGACUUGAUUGGCAGUGAUUCUCUGACCAAGGAGCAGGUGAUUAAGACCAAUGCCAACGUGAAGGCCCUGACCUACUGUGACCUGCAGUACAUCAGUCUGAAGGGGCUGAGGGAGGUGCUGAGGCUCUACCCAGAGUAUGCUCAGAAGUUCAUCUCCGAGAUACAACACGACCUCACAUACAAUCUCAGAGAGGGCCACGGAGCUGACGUUGACUGGGAGAGUAACGGAGGCCUGGUGAAGAAGCUUUCUUCCAUUAAGGAGGAUGAGGAGGGUGAUGAAGAACAGAGCUCUGUAUCGUGUGCCCCCCGUUCCCCUUUACGUCUCACCAGGGUUCUUAAUUCGCCCCUGCGCUCCCCCUGCUGCCCCCUCGGCCCUUCCGCCCCCCCUCAGAACACGCCCGCCCCGCCACCCUGCAGAUACCUGUGGUCAGCUUCAGCAGCGCACCGCCGGAGCUUAGUCCCAGGUUUGUGGAUGGUAUUGAGACAGAGAGAAAUGUGAACUCAACCCAAAAGUUUGAGUUUAGCUCCAGUCUUCUACACAGUGGUCCACCAUCCCCAGGACUAGGGAUCCAGGAGCAGUCAGAAAUCAAACAGAGUGUCUCUAAGCUGAGUGACGAGAUGAGCAGUCUCUCCCAGCAAGUCUCUCAGCUCAGCCAGGAACUGCAGGAAAUGACCCGCCUGCUCCGGCCCCUCCUCCUCGU